AUGGCAGAAAACCUGAGGAAACUAGUCUCCAACGAAUAUUUACGAUCACUGCCGGAGAAGCUCGACUCCUGGCUGAGGGAAUAUAGCGUGAGUCUGGCGUGGGCGUCAGAUGACCACUGCUUUGCAAAACUCCCGCACUCGUGGUUCCUAAUUGGUCUGGCUGAAACUGAAAAGACUUUUGAAGAAACUAAGAACAGAUUGGCCAUAUCCCUUUUGGCUGCAGAGGAGGAAAUAAAUCAGCUAAGAAAGCAGCUUAAAUCUCUUCAAUCCCAAGAGGAAUCCCGCCACAGGAACUCGAGGGGCUCAGAGACACGGGGUUCGGAAUCUCGGGCCUCAGAACCACGGGGCCUGGAACCUCGGGGCUCAGAAUCACGGGGCUCAGAGUCACGGACCACCGACCUGAGGAGUUUGGACAGGCGAAGCACAGAGCAGCGGAAUCCAGAAGUGAUAUCUGACUAUGAGAAACAGCUCCGAACGCUCAAGGACGAGAUCGCUGUACUGUCUGCUGAAAAGAAUGUACUUCAAGGAAGGUCUGUCAGGAGCCGGUCUCCUAGCCCUUCCUCUCGCAGCCGCAGCCACAGUCGUAGCCGGCCCGCCAGUCUUGCGACCAGCCGGGCUGCCAGCCGGUCUGCCAGUCCCUCCACUACAGUUGCAAAAAUUAGAACCCCGUCCCCCAAUCGCUCUAAGCUGUCCAGCGUGGCGCGCAAGGCUGCGCUCCUGUCUCGGUUCAGCGACGCCUAUUCCCAGGCCCGCCUGGAUGCGCAGUGCCUCCUUAGGCGCUGCAUAGACAAGGCUGAGACCGUGCAGCGGAUCGUCUACAUCGCCACUGUGGAGGCAUUCCAUGUGGCUAAAAUGGCAUUCAGACACUUCAAGAUCCGUGUGAGAAAAACGUUGACUCCAUCUUACUCAGGGUCAAAUAACUUUGAAGAUGUUGUCUCAGAUUAUAUCGUUUGCCAUCUCGAUCUAUAUGAUGCCCAAAGCAGUGUAAAUGAUGUAAUCCGAGCCAUGAACGUCAACCCCAAGAUCUCCUUCCCUCCUGAAGUUGACUUUUGCCUUCUCAGUGACUUCAUCCAGGAGAUAUGCUGCAUUGCCUUUGCAAUGCAGACCUUGGACCCACCCCUCGAUAUUGCAUUUGGGGCCGAUGGAGAAAUUUUCAAUGAUUGCAAGUACCGCCGCAGCUAUGACUCGGAUUUCACCGCUCCCUUGGUCUUCUACCAUGUGUGGCCUGCUCUCAUGGAGAAUGAUUGUGUUAUUAUGAAGGGAGAAGCUGUGACCAGGAGAGGGGCUUUAUGGAAUUCAGUGCGGCCUGUAAGUCGAUGUCGAAGCCGGAGUCUAAGUCCCAUUUGUCCUCGUAGCCAUAUUGGUUUAAGCACGUUGUCUCGAAGUCGGAGUCCUUCUCCAAUAAGGUGUGGAUUGCCCAGUAAGUGA